AUGGAGACAAGAAUGCUGUGGACAUUGGGUAUCACCCUGCUAGAUCAUGUCUGUAAUAAUACAGUUCGUGCAAGGAUGAAAGUUGCUCCCAUCGUUAAGAAAAUGCAGGAAAAGCGACUGCGAUGGAAUGGCCAUGUCCCUGGAGGUCGCUGGAAAAAGACCACGGGGAAGACCAAAGAUGAGAUGGACAGAAUCAGAGCUGACCUGAAAGAGCUUAGGAUGGACGAACAUCAUGCCUUAAAUCGAGAAUACUGGAGACAGUUGAUUCGUACAGCAGACCCUGCGAAAAUGCAUGCCAAGAAGAAGGAGCAUACGCUUUCUCGAUUAGAUGUCAACCUUGCAAGAGAAUAA